AUGCGUUGGUCUAGGGAAAUGGAUUUAAUCUCAUUUGUUCAUCCAUCGUCUGUUAUUGGUAGAGAUAGGGACAAAGAAAAUAUCAUAAAUUUUUUGAUGCAUCCAGAUGCUAGCAAAACAAUCCAUGUAAUUUCCAUAGUUGGAUUAGGAGGUUUAGGGAAGACCACACUUGCCAAGUGGGUGUACAACGAUGAAAGUGUAGUCCAGACUUUUCAAUUGAGAAUGUGGGUUUGUGUGUCUGAAGAUUUUAGUGUUAUAAGAUUAAUAAAAGAAAUCCUUAAAUCUGCAUGCGGUACAAUUGAUGAAAAUUGGAAUGCGGAUAUAUCGCAAACUAGAUUGAGAGAACUUUUAAAGGAUAAGAAAUUUCUGCUUGUCUUGGAUGAUGUUUGGAAUGAAGAUCAUAAUAAAUGGAUUGAAUUGAGAGGUUUGUUAAUUGAUGGUUUCAAAGGAAGUAAAAUUAUAGUGACAACACGUAGUAACUUGGUUGCCUCUAUUAUGAGCUCUAAUUCCACAUACAACUUAGAAGGUCUAUCCCAAGAUGAUUGUUUGUCUUUGUUUUUGAAAUGUGCAUUUGAGGAAGGAGAAGACAAACAACGUCCAAACCUCUUAAAUAUUGGAAAAGAAAUUGUGAAAAAAUGCAAAGGGGUUCCAUUGGCAGUGAAGACUUUAGGUAGGUUGCUUUAUUCAAAAGUUGAUGAACGCGAGUGGGAAAAGGUGAGAGAUAGCGAGAUAUGGAAAUUAGGACAAAAGGAGAGUGAUAUCUUACCCUCGUUGCGAUUGAGUUACGAUCAAAUGCCAAAUGACUUGAAGCAAUGCUUUGCCUUUUGUUCUCUUUUCCCAAAAGACCACAAAUACAGAUCGUGGUAUUUGGUUCAAUUAUGGAUGGCACAUGGACUAAUCCGUGAAACGUCUAUUGAUAAAAAACAAGAGUUGGAAGAUGUAGGGGAGAUGUAUAUAAAUGAGUUGGUGUCGAGAUCUUUCUUCCAAGACGUUGAGAAAGAGACUCUUUCCGGUCCCUUCUAUACCUUUAAAAUGCAUGAUUUGAUCCAUGAUCUUGCAAUCUCAGUUGCACAAGGAGAGUGUUCAAAGGUAGACUUGGGCAACGAAGACAUUGUUGAAACAGUUCGUCAUUUGUCAUUUUCAGCAAACGACUUGGGUCAAGAAGUUCCAAAAUGCUUGGACAAGUUAACGAAGGUGCGCACUGCAAUAUUGUUCGAAACCCACCACCCACCACUGUCCUUAAUUGAAGCAUGCAUCUUGAGAUUCAAGUCCCUACGGUUGCUUGAUUUAAAUGAUUCAUCUUUUGAGGUGUUGCCGAAUUCUAUUGGUACUUUGAAGCAUUUGAGAUACAUCAACCUAUCGGGUAAUAAAAGAAUCAAGGAACUUCCUAAUUCCAUCUGCAAGCUGCACAAGUUGCAAACAUUACUGCUUCUUGGAUGUAGGAAACUUGAACGGUUGCCCAAAGAUAUGAGGAACAUGAUCAGCCUUAGGUGUUUGUUUGUAACAACAAUGUAUACGUGCCUGUUAGAGAAUGGAUCCUUGAAUUCACUUCGGAUUUUGAUUGUAUUUUCUUGUCCAAGACUAGAAGUUUUGUUUCAAGGAAUGGACGGGUACGGCCUCACCAACCUUCGGACACUGUCGAUAUACUAUUGUCCAGGUUUGACCUCUUUGUCACUCAAUAUCAAGCACCUAACUGCCUUAGAGACCCUGAAAAUUGCUCGUUGUCCAAAGCUUAAUGGGAUUCUAGGAGAAGACAAUCAGGAUAUCAAGCUGAGCCUCCGAAAUUUGAGGAUUUGUAAUUUAUCAAAGUUGAAGGUUUUGCCUCAAUGGCUCCAAGGAUCUGCUAAUACUCUAAAGUUCCUAGAAAUUAGAGAUUGUGAGCAGUUCAGUGCCCUGCCUGAGUGGUUGCCAACUUUCAAAUCACUUCAAACACUCGUGAUUAUCAAGUGCCCCAAGAUGUCAUCUGUUCCGGAAGGGACACAUUGUCUCACUGCGUUAAGAAAAUUGACGAUCACAGGUUGUCCUGAAUUGAUUCGGAAAUGCCAAUGUGAAGAUCAGCACAAGAUCGCACAUGUACCAAAAGUUCGACUUUAUUAGUAACAGGGAGUCAUUCAACAGAAGAAGAUGUUGAGGCAAACAACACUGGUGAAAAUAUAUGAGACAAGCCAGAUUUCUACCAACUUGAAGUAGCAGCUG